CCAGCCCUAACAGCGGAGGCGUAACUUUAAUUUCCACCAUAGCGUCCAGCAAAUACCAUAUCAGGAUUAUAACAAACUAAGGCUUCGUUACAAUAUGCAAUACUAUGCUAGGUUCCUAAGAAUCGACCUUCAGGAAAAGUAGUGAGCAAAAAGAAACUUCUCACGCAUCAAUACGAUCGACAUACCCUUGUAUACCAGCAGUAUUUUAAUUUGAAGUCGAGGUCCUUGGCCAAUAUUGCUGACGCCAACUUCUGAUGGCAGCUAGGCGACAACUCGGCAGAUCCCCCGCCCAUCAGCUCAGGGGGACCGAUCCUACAGAGCCUCAAAUGUAUCCGAGCCGUCCCUAAAAAUAAACACCUUCAGCCCUCGGGGAUACAAAGCAUGGCCGUCUCCACGGACCGAAACCUUUGUUCUCUAUCCUCUUCUUCCUAAGUUUCUUAUCUCGAAAACAGUAUUUUCCGUGGAAGGGGAUUUCAGAUUCGUCAAGAUGCUGUCUAAAUCAGUCUUACCAGCCAUCCUAGCUUUCGCUGGCGCCAGUGUUGCCACCGCUAUACCUCUCGACUCCGCGAGCGAAUCCACGCAGCCGAGCAAGCGAUGGCUUAACGGCGGCAAGGUCCGCGGCGUGAACCUCGGCUCGCAAUUCAUCGUCGAGCCAUGGAUGGCCGGUGAUGAAUGGCAAAGCAUGGGCUGCGGCAGCGCCAACGACGAAUGGUCCUGCGUGCAAGCCCUCGGCCAAGACCAGGCCGACGCCGCCUUCAAGAAGCACUGGGACACGUGGACGACGCAGUCCGACAUCCAGCAGAUCGCGAGCCUGGGUCUGAACACGGUGCGCAUCCCCGUGGGGUACUGGAUCCGCGAGGACCUCGUGGAGGACGGAGAAUACUUCCCGCGCGGCGGGCUGGCGUACCUGGACCGGCUGGUGGGGUGGUGCGCGGACGCGGGCAUCUACGUGAUCAUGGACCUGCACGGCGGUCCGGGGGUGCAGUUCCCGAACCAGCAGUACACGGGGCACUCCGUCGACCAGCCCGGCUUCUACACGCCGGACAACUACGAGCGCGCCUACAAGUUCCUCGAGUGGAUGGCCGAGCGCGCCCACACGAACGAUAGCUACCGCACCGUCGGCACCCUCGAGGUCAUCAACGAGCCCGUCCACGCCGGCGACUACCCCUCCCAGGCCGCCGACAUGGUCGCAAACUUCUACCCCACCGCCUGGACGCGCAUCCGCGCCGCCGAGCAGAAGCUGAACGUCGCCGCGGACAAGCAGCUGAACAUCCAGAUGAUGGACAAAUCCUGGGGUUCCGGCGACCCGAGCAGCAACCUCCCCUCAACCACCAACGCGCUAUACGAUGACCACAAGUACUACAAAUGGGACACCUCCGUAACAACCACCAAAGACGGCUACAUAUCCGCCGCAUGCAACAGCAACCUCGGGGGCGACGACGUCAUCGUCGGCGAGUGGUCGCUCUCCGUCGCCGACUCCGUGCAGUCCAACGACGAGUUCCAGAUCCAGAACCGGCCCGACCAGGUCGACUGGUACAAGAAGUACUGGGCCGCCCAGGUCACCACGUUCGAGAAGUCCGGCGGCUGGGUCUUCUGGGCCUGGAAGUGCAACUGGAUCGGCGGCAUGGACGAGUGGCGCUGGUGCUACCAGUCCGCCGUCGCCGCCGGCGCCAUCCCCAAGGACGCCGGAAGCGCCGCGAGCCUCAACCCCUGCAGCUAAGUUAGCAGCGGCAAGGAGACGUCUCAGACAUUACUUUGAUCUUCUCUCGUAUAUAUAAAUAACACGCUUCUU